UGUGUGAUUCUCGAGGGACACUUUAAGACAGAUUUGGCCUGCUGUCCCUUGUUUACCGAGACAUCAUCAUCAAUGAGGACAUUAGGAAUGGCUGUGUUCAAACAACAAAAAGUGGAGGAUUUCUAUGAUAUUGGUGAAGAACUUGGAAGUGGGCAGUUUGCUAUUGUGAAACGCUGUACGGAGAAGAGUACGGGUGUGGAAUAUGCUGCAAAGUUCAUAAAAAAGCGGCAAAGUCGGGCGAGCCGGAGAGGCGUUCGGCGAGAGGAGAUCGAGAGAGAGGUGGACAUUCUUCAGGAUCUCCAGCACCCCAACAUCAUCACGCUGCAUGACGUUUACGAGAACCGCACUGACGUGGUGCUCAUCCUGGAGCUUGUUUCAGGAGGCGAGCUCUUCGACUUCCUGGCUCAGAAGGAGUCAUUGAGUGAAGAGGAAGCCACAGAAUUCAUCAAACAGAUUCUCAACGGAGUUCAGUACCUGCACUCCAAGAAAAUUGCACAUUUUGACCUGAAGCCUGAGAACAUCAUGCUCCUGGAUAACAACAUCCAACUGCCGCGGAUCAAGCUUAUCGACUUCGGUUUGGCACAUAGGAUCAAAGAUGGAGUAGAGUUCAAAAACAUUUUUGGGACUCCAGAAUUUGUUGCUCCAGAGAUAGUCAACUAUGAGCAGCUGGGAUUAGAGGCCGACAUGUGGAGCAUCGGAGUCAUCACAUACAUCCUAUUGAGCGGGGCUUCGCCGUUCCUGGGUGACUCCAAGCAGGAAACUCUUGCAAACAUAUCAGCAGUUAACUAUGAAUUUGAUGAGGAGUUCUUCGGCAGCACCAGUGAACUGGCCAAAAGCUUCAUCAAACAGCUGCUGGUGAAAGAUACAAGAAAGAGGCUUAAGAUACAAGACGCACUCAACCACCCCUGGAUUAAGCCAGAGGACAGCAGUGCCACCCUAGAGGCGCAAGCGAAAGUGGAAUCACAGCAACUGAAGACCAAACGCCUGAAAGAGUACACCAUUCAAUCCCACUCCAGCAUGCCCCCCAACAACACCUAUGUCAACUUUGAGCGUUUCGCCAAAGUUCUGGAGGACAUCUCGUUGGUGGAAAUGGGUCUCAAAAAUGUGGCUCAGAAGCGUGAAUCCCUUCAGGACGACAUCGAGGCUCUUCUUUCCAUCUACAGUGAGAAGGAAUCUUGGUAUAAAGAGGAAAGCGAGAGCAUCCGGCAGGAGAUCUCGCAGGUGCGCUAUGAGUUCCGCAAAGCGGAGGCGUUGAGGAAAGGCCUCCAGGAGGACUUGAGGACAACCGACACCAACUUAGCCAGCAUUGACAGACGCUACCUGACUAGAGAAGCCCACCUGAACUCCCUCAGACAGGAGCUGAACGCAGAACUCCGCUGGCUGCAGGAGGUUAUGGGAUCACUAAACGGAGAGGCUGGGAACAGGGGCUUGGGUUCCAUCUCAGCACUGAACAAUGAGGUGAACGAGGCCCUGAAGGAGCUGUUGAGCAGGGCCUGUGGGAGCGAACGAUGUCCUCGAGCACAACCCGACAUCUCUGAGUCUAGCUAAUGGAGAUUAGACUGCAGUGGUAAUACACUGGGAUUAGGAGCGUUCCAGGAUGUGUAAUCAGUGGCGUAGAUGGAGUCGCAACCACUGUGAAAGAAAUUUAGAAGUUUGUCCCCCCACAUUUUGGACAAUAGUAAUAUUUGAAAGAUUUAAAGAUCAAAUUUUGUCAUGAUUUACUUACCCUCAUGUCGUUCCAAACUUGUAUGACUUGGGUGGAGCACAAAAGAAGAUAUUUUGAGAAAUGUCUCAGGUUUUUGGUUACCAACAUUCUUCAAAAUACCUUUUUAUGUAUUGCACAGAAGAAAGAAAGUCAUACAGGUUUGAAAUGACAUGAGGGUGAGUAAAUGAUGAUAGAAUAUUAUUUUUUUUUAUUCAUUUUUGAAGUCCUAAAGACUUUUAUGACCUAAUAAAUAUUCAUGAGCUAGGCUGAUAAGGUUUAAAACAUCUACGGCCCAGGGUUUAGCAACCUUUUAUAACUCUGGAUGGAAUAUCUCAUCCACUUUAUGAAAUUCUUGACCUCGUCCUGCACUUUUUGGAAUAUAAUAAUAUUUUAAGUGUUUCAUUUUUGCGAAAAGAAAUUAAAAAAAAAAAAAUAGCCACAAAAACAAGUACUUUAAGACCAAGCAAAGUAAGGUUUGACAGUGAAAUGGAUGAAUAUGCAAGUAGCAAGUUCCCAUUUUGAAUAACGCACCAAACAUUGUCACCUUAUUAAUAUUCAUGAGCCAGGCUAAUAAGGCUUAUAUCACAAGACUUAAAGGUCCCGUUUUUUGUGUUUUUUUUGAAGCUUUGAUUGUGUUUAUAGUGUGCAAUAUAACAUGUGUUCAUGUUUCGCGUGUA